AAGACGUUCGGAUAGACGUUAGGUAUGACGUUCGAUCGAUCGGUCGGUCGUUCGGACCACAGAUAUUAUAAUAAACACUAGACGCCCUAUUGGCCGCUGGACCGUAUGUCAACGGCGCCGCCAUAUUGUGCGGGGCAAUGUUCCCAUAACGCUCAUAACUGGAAUUGUGAAAAUGCCUGCUUCGUGUGCUGCUUGGGGCUGUACAAAUCGCUGCACAAUUGAAAACAGGUCUCGGGGAAUUACCUUUCACAGGUUUCCCAAAGACAGCGAGUUGAGGAGACAGUGGGAAGUAGCUAUAAGAAGGGAAGGUUUUUCCUCAAGCGAGUUCUCUGUGCUUUGCAGUGGGCACUUCAAGCCGGAGGGCUUUGACAGGUCAGGUCAGUCUGUCAGGAUUAGGGAUGGAGCUGCACCAUCGGCCUUCUGUUUCCCGACUCAUCUACAAAGAAUAGGUUUAUAUCACUAGAUUAUUUAGUUUACAAUUAAAUGGUGAUUUGUUUAUAUUUUUAUUUCUUUUUUAGCCCGUUGCAACCAGCCUGUGUGAUUUGUAUUUGAUGAUUUGUUUUAUUUUCUCAAUGGUGGUCAAUUCUAAGCUCAAGAAAAGCUAAAAUUGGGUUAAAGACAGAAAAUGCCUUUUCCACAAUAAGAAAACUUUAUUUUAUUUAAUGUGAAAAUUAUAUUAUAUCUCAGCAUUGGCGUUUUCACAAUUAUGUAUGCAAGAAUAAAGCAACCAAAAACAUGACAAGCCUGAGCUUUGACUAUUUCUUAUUAAAAUAAAUAUUUUAUAUGUCUAACUAUAGAGAUUUUAAGUAACUAGAACUUUUUGUACACCACGUACAUUAUAAACCACUGAAAUCGGUUGAUAAAUGUAAACUUUUUUUUUGUUUUUAUCCAGAAAAACCGCAGCUCGCCCGUUUACUUGCACUUGUUAACAGCGCAGUCUUGCCCCGCACAAAUGGCGGACUCGUUGACGUAUCGCAGCAAUAGUCCAAAGAGGCCAAUAGGGCGUCUAGUGUUUAUUAUAAUGUUUAUGGUUCGGACGCUUGAUUUUGGCACGGAGUCCGUGCCAUAAAGUAGCAGGUGAGAGAAGAUCGAGCGCGAGAGUGUAGGAAACGAUCGUGCGCGCGCGAGGGUUUAAAAUGAGCUCGCGGGCUCCCGUUUCCUCUCGUGUAGAUCUGUUAUCCUCUCGCGGAAGUAAUUUUCUACACGUGCAAGUAUCAGUUGUGCGCUCGGUUCUUUUUGGCAUUGAUUUGCCUUCAUAUUAAAUUAAGUAAAACUUUUCCGCAAUUAAAGAUCAUACAAAAAUAAUAGGAAAUAAAUAAUUCACACAUUUCAACAUUUACCCUCCUGAUCCAGUCCCACACAAAGCAUUCUGGGUACUUGAAAUCCACUGUCCAGUUUCAGUUGUCAACAAAAAUGAAUCAUGUAGUCCCAACAAGAUUGAGUAAACUUCUAUUAUCUACAAAUUUAUAUAGAUUGCUUCUGCUGAUGUUUUUUGUUGGUGGACUGGAUUGGUUAGUGUGCAGUAACUCGUUCCUGUUAAUCUGCCCAUGUCUGUCAGUGGUUUUGUGUUUCUCUAUACAGGUGCUGGUCA